UUUACUGUGAAGUGGCGCGCCCUGCUCCGUCGGAACUUGGCCCGCGCUCUCCACGGAAAACUCCCCUUCAUCACCGUGCGCACGUAGUGCUCUCCAACUCCGCAACAAUGAUCGGCUUCAUUCUAUCCUUAUUUGCAGAUUUCUUUAGAUCAGGCUGGACGGGUGUGAAUGAGCGCACCUUCAUUGCAGUCAAACCAGAUGGACUACAAAGGAGACGAGUGGGAGAAAUUGUGCAGCGUUUUGAGAAGAAAGGGUUUAAGCUGGUGGGCUUCAAGCUGAUGCAGGCAUCCAAGGAGCUGUUGAGAGAACACUACUGGGAACACAGGAAUCGUCCCUUUUAUAACAAGCUUGUGUCGUACAUGAGCUCAGGGCCAGUGGUUGCUAUGGUGUGGCAGGGAUUAGAUGUUGUCAAGACCGGACGUAAAAUGAUGGGACAGACCAAUCCAACCAACUCGAUGCCAGGAACCUUCAGGGGAGAUUUCUGUGUGAUAAUGGGAAAGAACGUGAUCCAUGGCAGUGAUUCUGUGGAGAGUGCACAGAGGGAGAUUUCACUGUGGUUCAAAGAGUCAGAGCUGUGUAACCACGACGUCUGCAGCACCAAGUGGAUAUACGAAUAACUGCACUCUCAGACAUUUUUAAGUCCAUCCAUGCGCAUUUAGGGGUAGCUCUUCUUGUGCUGUUCUUCAAAGUUCUCUUAAGCAAAAAGAAAAAGCUCAACCAUCCAGGGACAAUAACAUGCUGAUUUCAAAGCUUUUGUAAUGGCACUUAAAUAAGAACCAAAUAACUAUUCAGUGGUUAUGUUUACACACAGAAAGCUGAUCAUUAUCUCAUUUCUAGAGUUAUCAGAUCUUGUUAUUGGGUUAUCUGAUUUGUCUGGCUAUGUAAAUGCAGCCACUGACAAAAAUGCAAUAUUUUGUUUACAGAAUCAUCAUGGUGUCAUUUUAACUUAAACUAUGUGCUUUGCCUUUUUUGGCUCACUUGAAUGUAAAACAAAAGAUGCAAUUAUUUAAAAAGA